CACUAAUUAUAGAUGAUAAAAACACUGUGAUUAAGACAAAGAGUUAGGGUGAAAAAGCCGCGGAAAUAAGUUAAUUCUGCGAUAACAUUUGCUCACUUGAACUGCCAAUCAUAAAUUAUGCAUAGCUAGAUUCGAUUCUCCUUGGAGACGAGUUUACACCAAAGAUCCAUGUAAGUUCUUAGGCAAACAUAACUGAGAAUGGCUGCGGUUUAAUCUGUAGUCGCAUCGACUUACAAUAUGUAAUGACGAGUGAACAAAGUGUUGCUUUUCGAUCGAGAACAUGAAGUUCCUUCAACACAAGCGAAGAAAUAACACGUAGCUUUUACCCAAAAGGAAAAAUGGCGGCAGCCCGCGAACGGAGUGAGCCAAAAGACUUAUCUGAGAGCAUUUUGAACAUCAAACAUCGGGAUAUCUUUGAUCACCUUCCGCCUCUGAGUGCUCCACAGCCUGCGUAUAGUGAAAGACCAAAGAUUGUAGAGUAUGGAGCUUAUACUCAAGCAUCACCAACUAAAGAGAAAAGUCAUUAUAGACAUACAAGUGAUGCAGUGGCCAAUAACUACACACCGUCAGCUCAGAGUCUAACAACAAAGUUAAUUUAUAAAAGACAAGGCAAGACGUCCAGUUCUGCUAAAAAGAAGAAUAGCCCAAGAAAGCAACCUAGCCCUCCUGGAAAGGUUCUUGAAGAGAAAAUUCAACCCCUUUAUAGUGGACAAUCUCAAUCACCUAGUUCUGUGUAUUCUAAAGGAAAGGGUAACUUGGUGACCCAGGGAGUGCCCAGGGUAGGAGUUAUCAAGGGGCACACAAGCCCACCUCUUGUGGGCCCGCCAAAAAAAUGGUCACCCCAGAAUGAACAGGAUACUUCUGAAACAGAGAGAAAAAUUGAUAUUGAUACAAGUCCUUUGUCAAGUUCUAAACCACCAAGAGUAAAAAGACCUCAGUCUGCAGAACAGUUUGUUAAAUCAAAUGGCCGUUCACCCAGUCCUCAGGGUAGCGGCUUGCAUCAUUAUGGAGAACCUAUGCCUGAAUCGCCAGACUCUAAAAAGGCAAAAGUUGCAUGGGGAGGCCAAGGGAGGGUGACUGAAUCAAGCAGGAACGAAACUAUUGAUACAGAAACAAUUUCAAAUGGUCAUACAGACAUGGAAAUCCAUGAUAUUGGUGGAAGUUAUACUGUAACAAGUUCACCGCUGAAUAUCUCAUCGGUGUUGUCAUUUAGAGAGCACGACGAAGAGACACUGUCUGUUUUAAAUAUCAGUUUCCCUCCAUCAACAACUCCUACUUUUGGACUUUCCCGUGCUGUGUCGCCACCUGAAUCAGAGCUAGAGAGAUACAGUAGUCUUGUGGAGAAGGCCAUUAUGUCUAACAUGGUAGCACCAUUGUCCAAGGAAUGGAAGAGGAAGACCCACGAUUUUCUUCCAAAAUCAUUAAAACAGGACUUUAAGGAAACAUUGGAUGAGCUUGACAAGGAAAUGGAGGCAGAGUAUGCACGAAGUGUAAAGCAAAGUAUUCUGGAUUAUGUGCUUUUGGAUCCUGCAGAACAAAGACGACUUGGACUCCAUAUGCCACUACCAGUAAUAUAUCCUGCUGGAAGAGAGAGAUUUCCAUGGCAUGCUUCAGUCAUUGCCUGCAGGGAGUACCUGGAGAAAAACCUCUUUGUGACCCAUGUUGUACUUAGGGAACUUCUAUUCCUCUGGGAAUCACAUUACUCAGACUUGAGAUUAAUUGAUAUUCCCAGUCUGAAGAGAUCUCUUCCUUUAACAAUAACCGAGCUCAGGAAAAAUGCUCACAAAGCAACUCAGCAUGGAGUGAGAACACUGUUAGACAAGUGGAUCCCAACCUGUGUGAAGAUCAUCAGUGACAGAAGAGAUGACAUUGAGGAAUGGAUGCCUGAAGAUGAGCAAUCCAGAGUGGAGAAGAUGGAUCAUUUCUUCAGCUCAGUUUCCUCCCUGAUGUCGCUCAAUCUUCACAGUGCUGUGUAUUCUUCCAUUGACGACCUAGUACAGUUUAUUGAAAUGUACAAACUUGGAAAUGAUUUUACCGGACACUUUGAAAGAAGUCUUCCUGUACUACCACAGCCAAUUACACUCACAGUGGUUCCUGAGGUAGAAAAAGUGACAGUUGAUUUUGAGCCAAAUUUCUCAGACGUGACUGAGACAAUACAUGAAAUCAUUGAACACAUGGUGAAAAGUGUGCAAAACUUCCAGUGUGUUGAACACCAGUUGUUUUAUGAAGAUGAAGGACUUAAGAAGCGUCAUAUCAGCAGUGUACAACUUGAUGAAGAAAGAGUACUGGCAGCGAAGGAAAGAGUGGCUGAUGUCGUGGAGAAAAACAGUGCUGGGCCUCUCAAGUUCCGAUCAGUUUAUGACCCAUUGCAGUAUUUGCUGACAAGAGAGUCUGAUAUCAGGACAAUGAGGUUCAUAUCUACUGACCGUCAUCUGUUGGAGUAUGGAAGGGAGUUACAAAAGGUGUACGACCUUUCCAAAAUGGCUGCCUCAAUGGAUCUGUUCAUUCCGAUGGAAUUAUUUGUGCUGGAUUGCACCAAGAUCAAAGAGUUCCUUGUGUCACGUGCUGAUGAUCUGGUAAGCAUGAUGACGUCAAAACUGACCAGGAAGAGUUUUGAUUUCAACCGCUCCAUAUGCCACCAGUAUGAUUACAUUGUUAAUCGUAUAACAUCGUCAUCAAAGACCACUGAUGAACUUGUUGACCUGGAAAAGUAUAUUGACAAUUUGAGAAGCGGCCCCUUGGUGCAUCUGAAGACAGAGCUGGAGGAAGCAGGAGAUCUUGUUUUGUUUCUGAUGGAUCACACGUUUUUAGCUGAUGAUCAUUUGGCUCUCAAUGAAACUACAUUCACCUGGCCUGAACGGAUCAUACCCAUCAUUAAAAUGAGUGAAACUCGCAUUACACGAGAACACGAUACCGCCAUGAACAAGCUGUUUGAUUGGCAAGCGAGAUUUGAGAUGCAGUUGAAUGAAACUCUGCAGAGUGUGAAAGAGUUUUACACCAAGGACAGAAUGUCCGAGGCAAAGACGUAUCUGGCACAGCUAGAGGAACUCAAAGAAAAAGUGCAAGUGUUUCUUGAGGAGAGAAAGAAGAUCAACAAGGAGGAAGGCCUCCUUGGUUGUGAAGUUUACAGCGCAUUUCCUCAAAUCCAAGAGAUAAUAGAAGCAAAAGAACCAUUUGACAAGCUGUGGAGAGCUUUGGUGACAUUUCAUGACAAACAAGAGGCAUGGCUGGCUGGGCCGAUAUUAAAACUGAAUGCAGAAGAGAUCGAAGAAGAGGUUUCAGAGCUCUGGAGAACAAGUUACAAAUUGACAAAAGAGUUUGCUCAUCCUGAAUUCCGCGGCCCCCUGAGGGUAGCAUCUACAAUUAAAGCGAGGUUGGAGAACUUCAAGAUUAACAUGCCUUUGAUACACGCCUUGUGUACUCCUGGAAUCAAGGACAGACAUUGGGAAGCUAUGAGUGUUAAGAUUGGAUUCAACAUUGCUCCGAAAGAGGACACCACACUAAACGAGAUGCUAGUUCUCGGACUCGAUAAAUUUGUAGAGGACUUAACUGAGAUCAGCGGCAGAGCAGCUAAAGAGUUCUCCCUUGAAAAGGCCUUGAGUAAAAUGAAAACAGAGUGGAGGGACGUUGAUUUUGUAUUUGUUCAGUACAAAGACACUGGAAUAAGUAUCCUGUCGGCGGUGGAUGACCUGCAGGUUCUGCUUGAUGAUCACAUUGUGAAAACAUUAACAAUGAAGGGAUCUCCUUUCGUUGUUCCUUUUGAAGCGGAAAUGAAAGAAUGGGAGACCAAACUAAAUUUGAUGCAAGAUAUUGUGGAGUCUUGGCUGAAGGUUCAAGCUUCUUGGUUGUAUUUAGAACCAAUCUUUUCUUCAGAGGACAUUCAGGCUCAAAUGCCAGAGGAAGGAGAGAAAUUCCGCACUGUUGACAAAUACUGGAGGAAGAUUAUGACCGAAUCAGUCAAGGAUCCACGUGCACUGGUGGUGACGUCACAGUCCCAGAUGUUAGAUAAACUGCAAGUCUCAGAGAGCCUUCUCGAGGACAUUCAGAAAGGACUGAACGACUAUUUAGAAAAGAAACGGUUGUUUUUCCCAAGAUUUUUCUUCCUGUCAAAUGAUGAACUUCUGGAAAUUUUAUCCGAGACGAAAGAUCCUCUUCGUGUUCAGCCGCAUCUAAAGAAGUGUUUCGAAGGUAUCGCAAAGCUGGAAUUUGACGAGAGGAAAGAGAUCAAUGCUAUGAUAUCUGCCGAGGGAGAAACGGUGAAAUUCUCUAAGAAGAUAGUACCUGCGCAUGCCCGUGGGCUGGUGGAGAAAUGGUUACUGCAGAUCGAACAAGUAAUGAAACUGAGCCUACAAGAGGUGAUGUCUGAGGCAGUCACCGCUUAUCCACAGAAUCCCAGGACAGAAUGGGUGUUAUCUUGGCCAGGACAAGUAGUGCUGGCCUCUAGCAUUAUAUAUUGGACUAAGGAAGUCACUCAGGCCAUGCCACUGAAGGAUGGUUUAGAGGAUUACUACAAACAAAGCACACGUCAGAUAGAAGACAUUGUUGAACUUGUGCGAGGAAAGCUGUCCACCAUGUCACGGAUCACUUUAGGCGCGCUGAUUGUCAUCGAUGUGCAUGCGCGUGAUGUGGUAGCCAAGCUAAAGGAAGAUGGCGUGACAGACCCAAACGAUUUCCAGUGGAUCAGUCAGUUGCGUUACUACUGGGAAACGAGGGCUGUGAUUGUCAGAAUGAUCACUACAGCAGUCAAGUACGGGUAUGAGUACCUUGGUAACAGCGGCAGACUUGUUAUCACUCCGCUAACAGACAGAUGCUACAGAACUCUGAUGGGGGCUCUCCUGUUGAACCUGGGAGGUGCCCCCGAAGGGCCUGCUGGAACAGGCAAAACGGAGACUUGUAAAGAUCUGGCAAAAGCUGUCGCUAAGCAGUGUGUAGUUUUCAAUUGCUCUGAUGGGCUGGACUAUAAAGCCAUGGGAAAGUUUUUUAAGGGUCUGGCGCAGUCAGGGGCCUGGGCCUGUUUUGACGAGUUUAACCGGAUUGAGCUAGAGGUGCUGUCCGUUGUAGCUCAACAAAUCUUGACAAUCCAGAGGGCCGUCAUGGAGCAAGUGGAUAAGUUUGUAUUUGAAGGAACAGAAAUCUCACUGGAUCCAUCUUGUACCAUUUUUAUCACAAUGAACCCGGGUUAUGCUGGUCGUGCAGAACUUCCCGACAAUCUUAAGGUUCUUUUCCGUACAGUUGCUAUGAUGGUACCUGACUAUGCGUUGAUUAGUGAGAUCAGUUUAUAUUCCAUGGGAUUUGUUAACGCGCGCAGUUUGUCGGCUAAGAUUGUGGCUGUGUACAGGCUCUGCUCUGAGCAGCUUUCCUCUCAACACCAUUAUGAUUACGGUAUGCGAGCGGUCAAGUCUGUUCUUACUGCGGCGGGAAAUUUAAAACUGAAGUAUCCUGAACAAGACGAGGAUAUUCUUCUCUUGAGGUCCAUCAUGGAUGUCAACUUGCCCAAGUUUUUGUCACAAGACUUGCCUUUGUUUGAGGGCAUCGUGUCAGACUUGUUCCCAGGCAUCACUCUGCCAUCUCCUGACCAUGGUGUCCUGGAGGAGGCGCUCAGAAAGAACAUCCGGAAGAUGGGACUGCAGGCUGUACCUUGGUUUGUUGACAAAGUUGUACAGGUGUACGAGAUGAUGUUGGUUCGCCAUGGCUUUAUGAUUGUGGGUGAUCCUAUUGGUGGUAAGACAUCAGCGUGGAAGGUUCUUGCUGCAGCAUUAUCUGAGCUGGGCAGGGACGAGGAUUCAGACGAAGUACCGGUACAGUACAGGAUCAUCAAUCCCAAAGCGGUCACCAUGGGCCAGUUGUAUGGAAGGUUUGAUCCCGUAUCGCACGAGUGGUCAGAUGGUGUACUUGCGAACACUUUCCGUGAGCAUGCAAGCUCCGUCAGUGAGGAUCGAAAAUGGAUUGUGUUUGAUGGCCCUGUUGAUGCUGUGUGGAUCGAAAACAUGAACACUGUACUGGACGACAACAGAAAGUUGUGUUUAAUGAGCGGAGAGAUCAUUCAGAUGAGUUCACUACAGAACAUGAUUUUUGAACCUCAAGACUUGGAGCAAGCUUCACCAGCCACGGUCAGCAGAUGUGGAAUGAUUUACAUGGAGCCAAGUCAGCUGGGCUGGGAGCCACUUGUAGCGUCAUGGAUGGAGAAGGAGUAUCCGCCAAACCUCAGCACUGCCAGCAAGAACUCAAUCCAGAUGAUGUUUGAUUGGUUGAUUCCCCCGUGCUUGGAAUUCGUCACCAGGCAAUGCCGUGAACUCGUGCGCACCUCACCAAUGCAUAUGGUGAAAUCCAUGCUCACCAUGUAUUCCAUUCUGCUGGACGAGCUUAGGGAACCACCUCAGGAGGAGAAGAGAAGGACCGUAAUGGAUGAAGAACAGUUUGAGACAUCUAUGGACGAGAAGCCAGCCAAGACAGAGACUGAGAUCAUGCAGUGGCUCCAGUCCCUUUUCCUGUUCUCUCUGUGUUGGUCGAUCGGCGGGAACCUGGACACUGAUUCCAGGCUCAAGUUCAGUGAUUUCCUGAAAGUCUUGGAGGCUGGCACUAACAAGCAACACCAAAGACCCAAAGAUCUAAAGCUUCCAAAGAAUUUCCAGUUUCCUGGAAAAGGAGUGAUUUACGACUUCUUCUUUGACAAAUCAACCUUCGGUACCUGGCAUCCAUGGGAGAAAGAAGUGUUUAUCGAGGAGAUCCCAGCCAACGCCAAGCCGAAUGAAAUGAUCAUACCCACUACAGAGACAGUUCGUCAACGUUAUUUCUUGGAGUUAUUCCUCAGUCACGAAAAGCCAUUGCUGUUGGUUGGUCCGACGGGGACGGGAAAAUCAGCAAUUACCAACAACUACAUUCUGCGGAUGCCUGCAGAAAAGUACAUCGCUAAUUUCAUGAACUUUUCUGCUCAGACGACUUCAAACCAAACUCAAGACAUGAUUCUUUCAAAAUUGGACAGGCGGAAGCGUGGUGUAUAUGGACCAGCCAUUGGUAAGAAGGUAGUGGUGUUUGUGGAUGAUCUCAACAUGCCAGCUAAGGAGAAGUAUGGUGCCCAGCCCCCCAUUGAGGUCCUGCGACAGUGGAUUGAUCAUGGAUACUGGUUUGACAGGAAAGACACAUCAGUACUUACGCUCGUUGACCAGUUGCUAGUGUCAGCCAUGGGUCCUCCCGGAGGAGGGAGGAAUGAAAUCACUCCUCGGUUCCUGAGGCAUUUUAACAUCAUCUCUAUUGACUCGUUCAGCACAGAAACAAUGAGAAACAUCUUCUCUGUCAUCAUGGACUGGCAUUUUAACAACCAUGGCUUUGAAAUGCAGAUACGACGGUUUUCAAAGAUUAUAAUCAGCGCCAUCACUGAGGUUUAUACUCAAGCCAUCACUAGCUUCCUGCCCACACCUUCUAAAUCGCACUAUGUGUUUAAUCUCAGGGAUUUUGCCAGGGUUGUACAGGGAAUUCUUCUGUUUCCUGGUAUCCGUGCUACAGACCCAGGCAAGUUGAUCAGAUUGUGGGUGCACGAGGUUUACCGCGUUUUCUACGACAGAUUGGUGGACUCAGCUGAUCGACAGUGUUUCUUCGAAAUAGUUAAGAAUGUCAUGGCGUCAGAAUUCAAGGAAAAGAUGAACAAUGUUCUUGAACACCUGGCAGGCAGAGGAGGCGUGGUUACUGAUGACAGUCUCAGAAGCUUGUUUUUUGGUGACUUCAUGGACCGUAAGGCGAAUCCUCGUCUGUAUGAUGAGAUACAAGACACGGAAGGUCUUACUGCGAUAAUGGAUGGAUUUCUAGAAGAUUAUAACGUCUCAAGCAAAGCUCCAAUGGACCUGGUGUUGUUUAGAUUCGCCAUUGAACACGUGUCGAGGAUCUGUCGAGUCCUCCGCCAACCUAAUGGACAUGCGCUGUUAGUAGGUAUUGGUGGGUCAGGUCGAGCAAGUGCUACGAAGCUGGCGGCUUUCAUGUCAGAUUAUGAACUCUUCCAAAUUGAAAUCACCAAGACGUACACAUUCACAGACUGGAGGGAAGAUGUGAAGAAGAUGCUACGGAAAGCGGGCUUUGAUGGAGUGUCUACAGUGUUCCUGUUUGGUGAUCACCAGCUUAAAGAUGAAGCGUUCCUAGAAGACAUCAACAUGAUUCUAAACACGGGCGAUGUACCAAACAUUUACGAGUCAGACGAAAAAGCUGAAAUCACAGAGCAGAUGCAAAAUAUCGUUCAAGAGAGAAACCUGAAAGUGGAUUCGAGUCCAUUGGCAAUGUACAACUUCUUCAUUGAGCGUGUUCGUCGUAACCUGCACGUGGUGUUAUGUAUGAGUCCUAUUGGAGACGCCUUCAGGAACAGACUUAGGAUGUUUCCAUCGCUCAUCAACUGCUGUACUAUCGAUUGGUUCCAGGUUAAAAUUCUUAGAUUUGUUAAAGGGAUGGUUUCAUGGCUUGGCAUAAUGGAUGGAUUUCUAGAAGAUUAUAACGUCUCAAGCAAAGCUCCAAUGGACCUGGUGUUGUUUAGAUUCGCCAUUGAACACGUGUCGAGGAUCUGUCGAGUCCUCCGCCAACCUAAUGGACAUGCGCUGUUAGUAGGUAUUGGUGGGUCAGGUCGAGCAAGUGCUACGAAGCUGGCGGCUUUCAUGUCAGAUUAUGAACUCUUCCAAAUUGAAAUCACCAAGACGUACACAUUCACAGACUGGAGGGAAGAUGUGAAGAAGAUGCUACGGAAAGCGGGCUUUGAUGGAGUGUCUACAGUGUUCCUGUUUGGUGAUCACCAGCUUAAAGAUGAAGCGUUCCUAGAAGACAUCAACAUGAUUCUAAACACGGGCGAUGUACCAAACAUUUACGAGUCAGACGAAAAAGCUGAAAUCACAGAGCAGAUGCAAAAUAUCGUUCAAGAGAGAAACCUGAAAGUGGAUUCGAGUCCAUUGGCAAUGUACAACUUCUUCAUUGAGCGUGUUCGUCGUAACCUGCACGUGGUGUUAUGUAUGAGUCCUAUUGGAGACGCCUUCAGGAACAGACUUAGGAUGUUUCCAUCGCUCAUCAACUGCUGUACUAUCGAUUGGUUCCAGGCCUGGCCAGAAGACGCCUUGGAGAUGGUCGCCAAUAAGUUCCUAGACGACGUUGAAAUGUCUCGUGAAGUAAGGGGAGAAUGUGUGUCAUUGUGUAAACACUUUCAUCAGGGUGUGAGAGGAAUAUCAGAGAGAUAUUUCGCUGUUCUUCGUCGGCGUAAUUACGUCACUCCCACGUCAUAUCUGGAGCUCAUAAAAACGUUCAAGUCUCUUCUUGGGAAAAAGCGAUUUCAGAUAUUGACUCUUAAAACAAGAUAUCUGAAAGGUCUGGAGAAGCUAGACUUCGCUUCGUCACAGGUGUCGAUCAUGCAGCAAGAGUUAAAGGAGCUGCAGCCGGAGUUGAUAGAGACCAGUAAAGAGACAGAGCAGCUGAUCGAAAUAAUAGCUGAUGAGACACUGGAGGUGGAGGACAAGAAACGGGUGGUGCAAGCUGAUGAAGCCGCAGCCAACACGGCAGCUCAAGAAGCACAAGCUAUCAAGGAUGAAUGCGAAGAUCAAUUGGCCGUUGCCAUGCCAGCAUUAAAUGCAGCGGUAUCAGCGUUGGACACCCUUAAACAGCAGGACAUUUCACUGGUCAAAGCUAUGACCAGUCCCCCAGCUGGUGUGCGCAUGGUUAUGGAAGCUAUUUGUAUAUUAAAAGGUGUGAAGCCAGAGAAGAAGAUGGUUGACGGCAAACCUGUAGAUGACUAUUGGGCGUCUUCGAAAAAGGGUGUGAAGCCAGAGAAGAAGAUGGUUGACGGCAAACCUGUAGAUGACUAUUGGGCGUCUUCGAAAAAGCUUCUUGGUGACUUGAAAUUCCUGGAAAGCCUCAAGUUAUUUGACAAAGAAAACAUUCCUGUAGCAAUAAUUCGUAAGAUCCGUGAAAAGUACGUCACGAAUCCUGACUUUCACCCGUCACUCAUCAAAAACGUGUCCUCCGCCUGCGAGGGACUGUGCUCCUGGGUACGAGCUAUCGAGGUUUACGACAGAGUUGCCAAGCUUGUCGCUCCAAAGCGCAAACGCCUGGCAGAGGCGGAGUCUCUUCUGGCUCAGCAGAUGUCACAUUUAAACGAGAAACGAGGAGAACUUAAAGAAGUGAUGGACAAACUGCAGAACUUGAACGACGACUACAGGUCCAAAGUCAACAAGAAGAGGGAACUAGAACGCAAUAUCGCCUUGUGUUCCCAGAAGCUCUUGCGUGCAGAGAAGCUGAUCAGUGGACUGGGAGGAGAAAGAUCAAGAUGGACUCAAGUUGCACAUGAGCUUGGCGAGACCUACAACAACAUUGUUGGUGACGUGUUGUUGUCAGGAGGAAUCGUGGCCUACCUUGGACCUUUUACUGUGGAGUUUAGACAGGAAUGCAUUAAGGAGUGGUGGAGCUUGUGCCGAGAAAAAAAUGUGCCAGUGUCCGAUAACUUUUCACUCGCUGCGACCCUUGGUGAUCCGUUAUCAACCCGAGCAUGGCAUAUUGCUGGACUGCCGGUCGACAAUUUCUCACUCGAUAACGCCAUUAUCGUGACGAAUUCUCAUCGGUGGUCAUUGAUGAUCGACCCACAAGGACAGGCGAACAAGUGGAUCAAAAACAUGGAGAAGCCAAAUAAACUACAGGUGAUCAAAUUAUCAGACCAGAACUACGUUCGAACUUUGGAGAAUUCUAUUCAGUUUGGGACACCUGUCCUAUUGGAGAAUGUUGGAGAGGAACUGGAUCCACUAUUGGAGCCCAUUUUAUUAAAACAGACUUUCAAACAGGGUGGAGUUGAAUAUCUGCGGAUGGGAGAUCAUGUCGUUGAAUUUAGCAGAGAUUUCAGGUUUUACAUCACCACAAAACUAAGAAACCCGCAUUACCUUCCUGAAGUCUCCGUCAAGGUGACCUUGUUGAACUUUAUGAUCACACCCCUUGGCCUGGAGGAUCAGUUAUUGGGAAUUGUGGCUGCUAAAGAAAAACCUGAAUUAGAGGAGAAAAAGAACGAGCUGAUUAUAGAAAGCGCCAAAAACAAGAAACAGUUGAAAGAGAUUGAGGAUAAGAUUCUCGAAGUGUUGUCCACGAGUGAAGGCAACAUUCUGGAAGACGAAACAGCGAUUGAGGUGUUAUCAUCCAGUAAGAAGCUGUCAGAGGAGAUCUCUGUUAAACAGGAAAUCGCUACAAAGACUGAAGAAGAAAUUGAUAAAACUCGGGGAGGCUACAAACCGGUGGCUCAACACUCCAGUAUCCUGUUCUUUACCAUAUCUGACCUAGCAAACAUUGAGCCCAUGUAUCAGUACUCACUGACGUGGUUUAUUAAUCUUUAUCUCCAGUCCAUCGUGAACAGUGAAGCGUCUUCGGACCUUACAAGGAGGAUUUUGAACCUAAAUGACCAUUUUACAUACAGUAUCUACCGGAACGUUUGUCGAUCACUGUUCGAGAAGGACAAGCUCUUGUUUUCGUUCUUGCUGUGUAUUGGUAUUCUAAAAGGAAGUGGUAAAAUCGAUGAACAGGAAUGGCGAUUUUUGCUGACGGGUGGAGUGGCACUUGAGAACAAAUUCCCAAACCCUGCCUCGGGUUGGUUGACUGAUAAGUCCUGGGCCGAGAUGGUGCGAUGUUCAGCGUUACCAGCCUUCAAAGGAAUCUUACAACAUUUUACUGAACACCUGUCUGAGUGGAAAGCAUUUUACGACACUGCCAGUCCACAAACAGAGCAGUUGCCUGAUCCAUGGGAAGAUGAACUCAACAAACUUCAGCAUUUGAUCAUUUUGAGAUGUUUGAGGCCGGAUAAGGUAACGCUCGGUGUGCGUGACUUCAUCACUUUCUACAUGAAUCCCACGUACAUUGAACCUCCCACGUUUGACCUGUCCAAGUGUUAUGAGGACUCCGAUUGCUGUGUGCCGUUGAUAUUUGUCUUAUCACCUGGAGCAGAUCCUAUGGCUAGCUUAGUCAAGUUUGCAGAAGACAUCGGUGUGACCAGGUCCCAUUUUCAGACCAUUUCACUCGGCCAAGGUCAAGGACCCAUUGCAGCAAAGAUGAUCAAUCAUGCUAUUGAGGUAGGUGACUGGGUUGUACUGCAGAAUUGCCAUCUUGCCACAUCGUGGAUGCCUAUCCUUGAAAAAAUAUGUGAGGAGGUCAUUGUUCCGGAGAAGACGCACAAGAAUUUUCGACUAUGGCUAACAAGUUAUCCCACGGAAAGAUUUCCCGUGUCCAUCUUACAGAAUGGUGUGAAAAUGACCAAUGAACCACCAAUGGGACUGAGGGCCAAUUUGUUACGGUCCUACCACAGCGAUCCUAUAUCGGAUCCCACAUUCUUCAAUGGCUGCAGUAAAACGAAGGUUUGGAAGAAGCUGCUGUUCAGCUUAUGUUUCUUUCACGCACUGGUUCAAGAGAGACGCAAGUUCGGUCCACUCGGCUGGAACAUUCCUUAUGAGUUUAACGAGUCUGACCUCAGAAUAAGCGUGCGUCAACAGCAGAUGUUUCUGAAUGACUAUGAACACGUUCCACUGGAUGCCUUGACGUAUCUCACCGGACAGUGUAACUAUGGAGGACGAGUCACCGAUGAGCGAGACAGGCGUCUUAUUUUAAGUAUUCUGUCCAUAUUCUACUGCCGUGAGGUCACUGAAGAUGAACAUUAUAAGUUUUCCAGCAAGAGACGCAAGUUCGGUCCACUCGGCUGGAACAUUCCUUAUGAGUUUAACGAGUCUGACCUCAGAAUAAGCGUGCGUCAACAGCAGAUGUUUCUGAAUGACUAUGAACACGUUCCACUGGAUGCCUUGACGUAUCUCACCGGACAGUGUAACUAUGGAGGACGAGUCACCGAUGAGCGAGACAGGCGUCUUAUUUUAAGUAUUCUGUCCAUAUUCUACUGCCGUGAGGUCACUGAAGAUGAACAUUAUAAGUUUUCCAGCAGUGGGGCUUACUUUGCACCUCCAGAGGGUCCUUACGAGAGCUACUUGGAGUACAUCCGUAGUCUUCCUCUCACUCCAGAUCCUGAGGUAUUUGGUUUGCAUGAGAAUGCUGACAUAUCAAAGAACCAACGAGAAACUCAGCAGCUCUUUGAUGGAAUUCUACUCACACUACCCCGGCAGACAUCAAGUGGAGGGAAAUCAUCCCAAGAUGUGCUCAAGGAUUUGGCGUCUGAUAUCCUGUUUAACCGCCUGACAGGUGUUGUUCGAUCGAGUCUCAGGAAUAUCCAGAAAGCCAUUAAGGGUCUGGUGGUGAUGUCUUCAGAACUCGAGGAUGUGUUUGGGAGCAUGAUGGUGGGCAGGGUUCCCAGUAUGUGGGCGGCCAAAUCGUACCCGUCCUUGAAGCCUCUGGGUAGUUACGUGGCGGAUCUUGUUGCUCGCCUCAGAUUUUUCAAGACUUGGAUUGACGAAGGUUCUCCAAAUGUGUUUUGGAUCUCGGGAUUCUACUUCACUCAGUCUUUCCUUACAGGUGCGAUGCAAAAUUUUGCAAGACGCUGUAAGAUUCCGAUCGACCACUUGGGAUUUGAAUUUGAAGUGACUGACGAGGAACAUGAUAUGAGCAGCAAACCUGUAAGUGAAUAUCGGCUGCAACUUGUUGUGACACUGCUACCUACACGAGCAACACAGACAAUGACUUGGGUAAAACACCCAAAAUGCCAACAAAGACUAUUGGGAGGAAAAGUGGGGAGCGAAUUGCCCAGAAAUGAUGAGGCAGAAAUGAGAGUGUGGUCAAAACGACAUGGCAAGCGUGUAAGGCAGCGAAGUGUACGACAAGACAACACCACGGACAGAGCUGGGACACUGCCUCUGAAUUUGUAUGAAACACAGACAUUGCUUAAUCCAUUAGACUUGCAGUUUUUACUUCCUCAUGCGCAAAGCUCAGUGCCGGUGGAAAGUGCAGAACGUCCAGAUGGUAAGUCUGAUGAACAGCCUGCGGAAGUUCUCACCUGCACUGAUCAACGUGACGAGUACAGCAGCAGUGAAAGAGGAGACAGUGAGUCUGACGAGGAUUGUGCAGAUGAUACAAGUGGUUUCAAAAUGGUUAUGCCAACAAGGACUGGAAGGCAAAGACUGCUCAGCAGAAGAAUGAGAGAUUUUCUUCAGUCCAGGUGA